UGUAGCAGACGUGAAUACACAUCAAAGCCGUACAGACGCGUUCCUACUCCAAUGUUCGGCUAUUGUCUGAAGAAAAUAGUACUAUGUAAAAUUUGAAUAAAAUAUUUUCAGAAUAUUUUUUCGGUCUUUAUCGUGACGCCUACUACUUACCUAAUUAUUAAUUAAACUCAUAGUAUUAUUUGUGAAGUGAUACGUUUUGUCCAAAAUGACCAAGAAACAGAAGAAAGUGGAUGGCCCAGCAGAAAAAAAGAUGGACGGAAAGACUUCAAUACAGGAUCCUCCCGGAUUGAUUGCAAGGCUUGGGUUUUUCUGGAUGAUUCCAGCGUUUUAUAACGGUAAUCGCAGGGAUUUAGAAGAAUAUGAUUUAAUAGCAGCGAAAAGUAUUUAUGAUUCGAAAAUAGUAGGAGACAAACUAGAGCGUGUGUGGUAUGAAGAGGAAUUCAGAGCAAAAGCAGCUGGCAAAAAGCCAUCGUUUACAAGAGCACUGAUCAAAGCUUUCGGAUGGUCAUUUUUGCCCGGAGGGUUGAUGCAGUUCGCCGCAGAAGCUAUAAGGACGGGAACGCCACUACUCUUCGCACAGCUGCUGACCUACUGGCAGGUGGACUCGACCAUGAGCGUCCAAACCGCGGCGUACUACGCAGCUGGAGUGAUCCUGGGCAACUGGAUUGCAGCCUUCUGCAAUCAUCACGGGAACUUGUUCUGCCAUCAGUUUGGAAUGAAACUUAGAAUCGCGACGAGUUCGUUGAUGUUUAGAAAGGUCAUGGUCAUGGAUAACGGCGCUCUCGGUGGGACGACUGUGGGCAAAAUCGUCAAUAUUUUAUCGAACGAUUUGUUGCGUUUCGACAUGGCGCUCCUCUUCCUGCACUAUGUUUGGAUCAUACCGCUGCAGUAUGCUGCUAUCUUGUACCUGGGUUACUUGCAGGCUGGGUACUCCGCAUUUGUUGGGUUGGCCGCGUUGCUGAUCAUAGCCAUCCCCAUCCAAAGUGGCCUGAGUCGACUAAUAGCCAAGGUUAGGUUCCGCACAGCUGAGAAAACAGACGACCGGGUCAAGACAAUGAGCGAAGUUAUUAAUGGAAUACAGGUUAUUAAAAUGUACGCUUGGGAGAUACCAUUCCAAAAAGUAAUUAGUCAUAAGCGAAGCCUAGAGUUGAAACAAGUGAGAAUCGCAACCAUUUUGAAGACAGUCUUCCUCGGCUUCAUGAUGUUCACGGAGAGGACGGCGCUGUUCAUCGCUAUCCUGGUCUACAUUCUGCUAGGGAACACGAUGUCAGCAUCUGUUAUAUAUCCGCUGCAGCAAUUUAUAAGCACUGCGAGCGUGAAAGUGACUCUGAUCUUGCCGCUGGUGCUGUCCUUCACGGCCGAGAUGCGCGUGACGCUCCGACGGGUCGAGGAGUUCCUCGCUUUUGAGGACCGGGCCGACUUGGUGGCGAGCCAGCCGGGCGCGCAGCUCCACUUCCCGCGCCGCAAGAGCGAGCGCCCUGUCAGCGCGCUGUCCUACAAAUUCACCGCCGAGGACUUCCUUACUCCCUCCAAUGGCUUCAUUCCUUACGACAAGAAGUUCAACCGAAGCGUGUCCCUUCUGGACGACGUCGCCGUGGACGUGCGCGACGUCAGCGCCAGCUGGACCGACGAUCCCAACUUCCAGGCCCUCAAGAACAUAACGUUACGCAUUCGGAAGGGCAAGCUGUGCGCCGUCAUCGGGUCCGUUGGGUGCGGAAAGUCGUCGUUCCUGCAACUACUCCUGAAGGAGCUGAGCGCGUCGUCUGGCAGCGUGUCAACAUACGGCUCGCUGUCCUACGCGUGCCAAGAGGCGUGGCUCUUCCCCGCCACCGUGCGGGACAACAUAUUGUUCGGAUUGCCGUAUAUUGCAAGCAAAUAUAGGACCGUAUGCAAAGUAUGCGCCCUCGAGAAGGAUUUUAAGCAGUUCCCGUUCAGCGACCAGACGCUGGUGGGCGAGCGGGGUGUGUCGCUGUCGGGCGGGCAGCGCGCGCGCAUCAACCUGGCCCGCGCGGUCUACCGGGAGGCGGACAUCUACCUGCUGGAUGACCCGCUGUCAGCGGUGGACGCGAACGUGGGCCGGCAGCUGUUCGAGGGCUGCAUCAACGGCUACCUGCGCGGCAAGACGCGCGUGCUCGUCACGCACCAGAUACACUUCCUCAAGGCGGCCGACUACAUCAUCAUACUGAAUGAGGGGAAAAUCGAAAAUAUGGGGACAUACCAAGAAUUAAUGAAGAGUGGCAGAGAGUUAUCAAGAUUUAUAUCAGAAGACAAAGAUAAAGACUCAGCCAGUCUCAGCGCAAAGAGUGACGAUAAAGCUAACGCGGUAAAGAGACGUGUGUCUCGGGUGAGCGAAGCGGAGGAGCAGCCGGAGUUUAAGGCGCAAGUGAUAGCGGCGGAGGAGCGGCAGUCGGGCGCGCUGCGGCUCGAGGUGAUCGCGGCCUACUUCCUGUCCGGCAACAGCGUCUGCUACGUGCUGUUCGCCGUGGGCGUCAUCCUGGCCGCCACCGCUGCCGCCGGCGCCGCUGACUACUGGGUCAGCAAUUGGACAAAUGAAAUGGCAAGACAUGAAGCGGCAGGAGGAAGUGAUACCGAUGGCGGGCUCGACGAGCAGGUGGGUCGGUUCACGACGCGGCAGUACCUGAUCGUGCACGGCAGCAUCGUGGCCGUGCUCAUCGUGUUCGUGAACGUGCGCGUGCUGCCUUUUGUGCAGCUCUGCAUCGCCUCUUCCCGGAAACUGCACAACAAAAUGUUUUCAGUCAUGUUGCGGGGCAUCAUGCGCUUCUUUGACACUAGCUCUUCAGGACGGAUAUUAAAUCGCUUCACCAAAGAUAUCGGCGCUGUGGAUGAGAUCCUGCCACGUACGCUCCUGGACGUGUUCCAAAUCUACAGCACUCUGGCCGCCAUCUUGACUCUCAACGCCAUCGCCCUGUACUGGACUCUCAUACCGUCUGCGGUGCUCAUUGCCAUAUUCGCGAUCCUUGUUAAAAUCUACUUAAACGCUGCUCAGAGCAUUAAACGUCUUGAAGGCACAACCAAGAGUCCCGUUUUCGGCUUGGUGACCUCUUCUCUUAAUGGCAUUGCAACUAUACGAUCUUGUGGAGCCCAAAAGAAGCUAAUUGAAGACUUUGAUCGGCAUCAGAACUUACAUACGGCUGCUUGGAAUGGAUUCUUAGGAGGAGGUUCAACUUUCGGCUUUUAUUUGGAUACCCUAUGUUGUAUCUACCUGGCUACCGUAAUAUUCGUCUUCUUAUACAUCGACUUUGGCGGUGCGAUAGAGAUCGGCAGCGUGGGCCUGGCGGUGACGCAGAGCCUGACGCUGACGAUGAUGCUGCAGCACGGCGCGCGCAUGCUGGUCGAGUUCCUGGCGCAGCUCACCAGCGUGGAGCGCGUGCUCGAGUACAGCCGCAUCGACACCGAGACCAACCUGUUUGAGGGCCAGGUAUCCACUCCCACCCUGUGGCCUUCGCAGGGCAGGAUCGUAUUCCAAAAUGUUAACAUGCGGUACGCUCCCGAAGAAGCCCCGAUACUGAAAAACUUAAAUAUUACGAUCGAAAGUGGCUGGAAGGUUGGUGUAGUGGGCAGAACUGGUGCCGGAAAAUCGUCCCUAAUUUCUGCAUUGUUCAAAUUUGCAUUUUUGGACGGCACUGUCACAAUUGACGGACUAGAUACAUCGCUGAUAGCUCGACAAGACCUACGAACCAAAAUUUCUAUCAUACCUCAAGAGCCGGUCCUAUUCUCUGCAACGAUUCGUUAUAAUCUAGACCCGUUCAACGUGUACAGUGACGACGACCUCUGGAGAGCACUCGAACAGGUCGACAUGAAAUCUGCAAUCCCAUCUCUAGAUUUCCUAGUAACAGAGGGAGGAUCUAAUUUUUCUGUAGGACAAAGGCAAUUGAUGUGCCUGGCCCGCGCUGUACUCAGAUCUAAUAAAAUUUUGAUUAUGGAUGAAGCUACUGCCAACGUAGACCCCGAGACUGACAACUUUAUACAGAAAACGAUCCGCAGCAAAUUCGCGUCAUGUACGGUGCUGACGAUCGCUCACCGGCUCAACACCAUCAUGGACUCGGACCGCGUGCUGGUGAUGGACAGCGGCGAGGUGGCCGAGUUCGACUACCCCUACCACCUGCUGGCCGACCCCAACAGCCGCCUGUCCUCCAUGGUCCGCGAGACUGGCGACUCCAACAUGGCUCGUCUGUUCCAGAUAGCCAAGGACGCCUAUUUCCAAAGUAAUCUGAAAGAAAACGCCACAUGAAUUAAAUGAACCAAAGAAAUAAAAUAAAAACCGCCUCAUUAAAGGACCAUGACUUUGUACGGAGCUUGGUGCAGAAAUCACGAGAGAUGACAGUUAGGUCAUUAGAUACUGUAGAUAGGUAAUUAUGUACUUUAUUUUGCUCUGUGUGGACAGACACAAAUCAGUUCCACCGCAGAACUAAGGUCUGCAAAUGGUUUGGUGAGUGAAAUAUAAGUAGUAGGUAGAUAAAAAUCUUUGAAAUAUCUAAUUCUUAAUUCUGUUGAUUUUUAGACCAUUAUGAGGUAUAGUCCUUUACCUAUUCCAAAAGGGGAAGUCAGUUGCAGUUAGGUUGCUGUGCAUACAAACGCCGCUACGGUGUGUGAUAUGGAAACCCUAUGUAGGUACAUAUCCCAGAAAUAGGCAUACAAGCCAAUGUUUAAACUGCCACACUACUUAUUGUGACAAAGUAGGGAUAAAUAAAUUAAAAUAAAAUAAAGAGUACAUUUUACAUAUUAGUAUUACUUAGUUAACUAUGUGUGCUUAACACAGCAAAAGGGAGUGUACAAGUUUCUAAUGGGGUGGCAACGCGCAUGUGACACUGUUUGAGUUGCAGGCGUCCAUAGGUUACGGUGACCGCAUUACAUCAGGCGGGCCGUAUGCUUGUUUGCCACCGACGUAGCAUUAAAAAAAAACUUAGUUAAGUGUUAUUUAUACCCCUAGUAUAUCUAUGUAAAGUAAUCUACAAUGUACAUACCUACUUGUAAUACUUUAACGAAUAACGAAUAACUUUAACAGCAAAUAAAUAAAAUUUUCCAUUACACUAAA